AUGGGAUGUUCUUGUCGGAGGCGGUUCUUGAAGCGGUUUUGCGCCGACGAGGUCCAAAUCAAUGGCGGCCUUCAAAGCAGUUUUGACCUCUUGCCUUCCCUUGGCGCCUCCAUCAGCCACUCUACCAGCCUUCCUAAACGCAUCAUUUCCCCUUUCAACCCUUGUUAUCGAGCAUGGGAGAUAUGGGUAGUGAUUCUAGUGAUCUACUCAGCUUGGAUAUGUCCAUUUGAAUUUGCCUUUCUUCCCUACAAACAAAAUGCUCUUUUCAUCUUUGACAACGUUGUCAACGUGUUUUUCGCCGCCGACAUCGUUUUAACAUUCUUUGUCGCAUAUCUCGAUGGUCAAUCCUAUGUUCUCGUCCACGCCCACAAAAAAAUAGCACUCAGGUAUUUGUCUACUUGGUUUGUUUUGGAUGUUUGUUCGACUGCACCAUUACAGUGGAUCAGUUUCUUGCUCACGAACCGAACUGGGGAGGCUGGGUUCAAGCUUUUGAACAUGCUCCGGCUAUGGCGGCUCCGUCGGGUCAGCUCUUUCUUUGCGAGGCUAGAAAAGGACAUCAGGUUAAAUUAUUUCUGGGUCCGUUGCACAAAGCUCAUUUCUGUUACAUUAUUUGCAGUACACUGUGCUGGGUGCUUUAAUUUUGUUAUAGCCGACAAAUAUCCUGUCCCAAAACGAACAUGGAUUGGUGCAGCUAACCCUAAUUUUAAGGAAGAUAGCCUUUGGAACCUCUACGUUACUUCAAUUUAUUGGUCCAUUACCACCUUAACAACCACUGGCUAUGGCGAUCUCCAUGCUGAAAACCCUCAAGAAAUGUUGUUUGAUAUCUUUUACAUGCUCUUCAAUUUGGGCUUGACUUCUUAUCUCAUCGGUAACAUGACGAAUCUCGUCGUUCAUCGGACUAGUCGGACCCAAAAUUUUAGGGAUUCGGUACGAGCUGCGACGGAGUUUGCGUCGAGAAACCAAUUACCGAAUGGGAUACGAGACCAGAUGUUAUCGCAUAUAUGUCUCAAGUUCAAGACGGAGGGAUUGAAGCAACAAGAGACGUUGAAUGAGCUUCCGAAAGCGAUUAGAGCUUCCAUUGCUCAUUAUCUCUUCUACCCAAUUCUUCACAAAGCUUACCUUUUUAAAGGCGUUUCUGAUGACUUUCUUUUCCAAUUGGUAUCAGAUGUGGAGGCCGAGUAUUUCCCACCUAAGGAAGAUAUCAUACUCCAAAACGAAGCUCAAACCGAUCUCUAUAUAUUGGUCUCGGGCAGCGUGGAUCUAAUAUCGAACAUUGAAGGCCAUGAUAAAGUUAUUGGAAGAGCAAUAGGUGGAGAAAUGUUUGGAGAAUUUGGAGUGUUAUGUGAAAAGCCUCAACCUUUCAAAGUUCAAACCUCAAAGCUUUCUCAAAUAUUAAGGCUCAAGAGAGAUUCUUUGUUGUAUAUUAUCCAAUCAAAUUUAGAAGAUGGGAAUAUUAUAAUGAAUAAUUUUUUCAUGGAAUAUGAACGAACGGGCGGUAUUUGGAGUGACGGUGAGCUAAAGAGAAAUGAAAACCGUUGUGAAGAUGAUGAUGAUGUUAUUGAACGAGUAGGGGAAAUGGGAAAGCGAAGAAACGGGAACGUGGGAAGUUUAGACGAACAUCGAAUUGAGUUUGAUGAGCUCGACUCCUUGGAAACUUUGGCGAUUAGCUCUUAUUUGAAUGAUUCGAGAGAAAUCAAGAAAAGGGUUACUGUACAUGUGCAGUCUCGAGAUGGAAGUAAGGUUGAGAGUCAAUAUGGGAAGUUAAUGCUUCUCCCGGGUUCAGUAGAAGAGCUAUGCACAAUUGCAGGGGAAAAGUUUGGAGGGAAAAUGGCCACAAAAGUUAUGAGUGCCGAUAAUGCAGAAAUUGAUGAUAUAAGUGUGAUUCGGGACGGUGACCAUUUGUUUCUUCUUUAUAGUAGUAUUAACAACUGUUCGAUCUCUUUCAUUGGAAUUUGGAGUGUCAAAAAUUAG